AUGGCCUUCCGACAGCCGCUCCAGCAGCGGCGUCAAAUCCAACGACCAGUAUCUAUCCCACACUCCCUUGUCGCCCAUGACGCCACACAUCACGGUCGAGUGGAUGAGUCGCAAGAGUGGAUCCUCUUCUCACCACAACACGAAACAGAGCCCUCUUUGACCUCGUAUACCUCACAAACUUCUCACAUUCAACAAGCGCCUGGCUAUUCUGACCUUGAUUCUAUUGAAACUGGCGACCGUUCGAAUCAAAGGCAAACCGACGAUGAUGCUGAGGGCACCUGCCAGGGCACCGAGAUUGACGAAGAUGAAGAAGAAGAGCUGGACAGUCUAGAUGACGGCCUACAUACCUUCCAUCCAUCCUUCGCUCUCGAUCAGAGUGGUGGUGCAGUGCUGCCUAACCAUGAUGGCAUGGGCUCUUUCCCCGCACUCUAUCAUAACAACGACAAUGUUCAAGAACAUCUAUGGCAGUUUGAGAGAUAUAAUCCAACCAAUCGACGUCGACCUCAACGACGGCGCAGCAGUGUCCAGCGCAAGUUCGAUGUCCUGGAGGAUCUAGAAACGGACAAACAAGAGGAGAGGCGACUGCGUAUCGAGAAGUGGCGUUUGGAGCAAAGUCGUGCCGUGCUUGAGGAGAUCGAAAAGGAGACUCGCAGACGGAGACGGAGACUAUCAAUCGCCUCACGUACUGCUUCGAAUGCUGCAUCAAGUACAGACACUGAGACCGAGUCAUUUUGGCAGCGUGUCACUCGCAGAGUCAUCAAAGAUCUCAUGGGCUUGGAUGACACCACUCUAUCCGUCAUAUUUGGCGAAGAACUCGCUCCAGAAUCUCAAACGACGCCAACUCAGCAGUCUCCUUUGGCUGAAGCCUUUUCAGCACAUCAAGAUCGAGUAUGGGAGAACCGGCUCCUGAACAGAAUUGCGAAGGAGCUUGGUAUACUCGCCAACAAACUUGCCGAAAACGAUCGCCAAGAUCGCACUUUCAGCACGUAUAAAUCUUACCAGGUUGAUCAGUCCGCUCAAUCACAAUCUCGGCAGAUCCCCGCGUCCACUGCGACAGCGCACUCCAUCGAUGCCCCCGACUCUAACAUUGCUCCUCCUCUUUUUGCUCCUACUUUCACAAACCCUCCUGUAUCACCUGCUGUUGAAGCAGACACUUCUCUAUGGGGCAUUCCAGAACAACCUCAAGAAUCGGCCGAAGAUGAAGCGCCACAACAAGCCAAGGAUCAAGAAGCCGAGUAUUGGGAGCGCGAUUUGGACAUUGGCGUGGUAUUCAGAUACCUUCGUAGCCGCUUUACAUCACGUCCACCAUCACCGACCCCUGUUGACUCACAAACACAAACACAACCAGCAUCGCAGAGCGUUCUACCAGCAGACUGGGCCUCACCCAGCAAUGCUACCGUUACGGCUUCGGCACUAGGCACUUCUCCAGAGUCACGACGUCGAGCCGAUCUCAUCAGACGACAUCACCCGCUAGUCUCCCACGCAGCCUCGGUGUCUGCACAACGUAGACGUGAGAGUGUCUUGUUGCACACACUCAUGCAUCGCCGUGCACAGAGCAGUAGCUGUGCUAGCCAAAGCACCAAGCGCACGCGUUCUGGAGGCUCACGCCGUUACUGGGACUUCCCGAGCAGCACUGGCAGUGUGGUUAGUGUUGGAAGCACUAAUGAGGGUGUCUUGGGUGGUUGGGGCGAGGUUUGA